AUGACCGAAGAACAGAAGAACAUAUACGACACAAUCAUAAGUAGCGUCAAUGAUAAUCGGGGUGGUCUUUUCUUCCUAUACGGAUAUGGUGGAAUUGUGGCCUCAAUUGGAAUAUCACCAUUACUUAAUCUUGGUGGAAGGAUAACCCUUUCAAGAUUCGGCAUGCCAAUACAGAUCAUUGAGAAUUUUACGUGUCGUAUUAAACUAGGUGAUCCUUUAGUUGAAUUAAUUGUUAGGUCAAAGCUAAUUAUUUGGGAUGAAGCGCCUAUGAUUCAUAAACAUUCCUUUGAAGUUGUUGAUAAAAUGUUUAGGGAUAUACUCAGAGUCUCUAAUCUAAGAAGUAUGAAGGUUCCCUUUAGAGGUAAAGUUGUUGUUUUGGACGGUGAUUUUAGACAAAUUCUUCCUGUCAUUCCAAAAGGGACGAGACAAGAUAUUGUACAUGCUAGCAUUAACUUUUCAUACCUUUGGCAAUUUUGUCGAGUCUUAACAUUAACAAAGAAUACGAGGCUCAAAUCUACAUCUUCGUGUUCCAAUCUCAAUAACGUCAAAGAGUUCUCAAGUUGGAUUUUAAAUGUUGGAGAUGGAAACUGA